GCCUGCCUGCCUGCGCGCGCGCGCCACACUCCAUUGGCAGACAUGGCGGCGGAGCUCCAGCCCGAGUGGAUAUGCGGUCUGCCUUGUUCCUGGAGUUACGGGCUUACUCGUGACGGACGUGUCUUUUUCGUCAACGAAGAAGCCAAGAGUACAACCUGGCUGCAUCCCCUGAGGGGCGAGGCGGUCAUAACCGGACACAGGAAAACUCCAGAUCUACCCACUGGAUGGGAAGAAGGAUAUACGUUUGAGGGUGCACGAUGCUUCAUCAACCAUAAUGAGCGAAAGGUGACUUGCAAGCAUCCCGUUUCAGGCUCGCCAUCUCAAGACAACUGCAUCUUUGUCAUCAACGAACAAUCGGCUGCGAAAGUACCAGUGAAUGAAAAGAAAGAACAACCACGAAGCACCAUGAGCGAAGUCUCCAACAAUGCAGGCGGCUCCGACUGUGGUGCAAACCAAGCCAGUGCAGCUGCAAGAGCAUCUAGACCUCCCAAAAAGCUUCAUAAUUUCGGGAAAAGAUCAAAUUCUAUUCGAAGAAAUCCCAGUGCUCCAGUUAUAAAGAGGAACUGGCUUUAUAAGCAGGACAGCACAGGGAUGAAGCUGUGGAAAAAGAGGUGGUUUGUGCUGUCGGACUUGUGUCUCUUCUAUUACAGAGAUGAAAAAGAGGAGGGGAUACUUGGCAGUAUACUCCUACCAAGCUUCCAUGUAUCCAUGCUAUCUGUUGAUGAUCACAUCACAAGAAAGUAUGCCUUCAAGGCGACACACCCCAACAUGCGGACAUACUACUUUUGCACUGACACAGCCAAAGAGAUGGAGUCCUGGAUGAAAGUGAUGACAGAUGCCGCACUUGUGCAUUCCGAACCCGUUAAAAAGUUGGACAAGCUAAAAGUGGAACAGUGUGGACCUCAGGAGGUUAAUAAUAUGCCCAAUCAUAAGCCACCGUUGACACAGCCUGAAGUUGAGAACAACGAACGCAACCGGGAGGUGGACCGUGACCACAUGUCGGAAGAGGAGAGGAAGCAGCGAGAUGCCGAGCGCUAUGGCUUCCAGAGAGAUGGUGCAGACCCGAAUCGCCCUCUCACCAAGAUCAACAGCAUCAAAAUGCCACCAGCCCAAGCAACUGCUGUCACGGUCAAGCUUGCAGUACCACGGACCCCGGCAGAAACAGACGGCUCACAUCACAGUCCUCAAGUCAAUGGAGCUGGUGAACCGGGUCCAGCUGACAGCACUGGAGUUCCUCCACAGCCAAGUCCAAACUAUGAGGCAGAACGGACUUUGAGUAGGACAAGCUCCAUGCAGCAACUGGAGCAUUGGGUUCGCACACAAAGAGGACGCAACCCGGAUGAUGACACUCGAAGCAUCACAUCGUAUCAGACACUUCCAAGAAAUAUGCCAAACCAUCGAAUGCCCCAUGUGCCUCAUUAUGGUGACGGUUACCGCAGUAUGCCCAGAAAUAGCAUGGCACAGAGGGACAGCAUCUGCAGCAUGUCACCGUCAUUGUAUGACCAAGCCUUGGGUCCCUCGAUAGCUGACAAACGCCGCUCCAUUCGCUCUGACACCAUGUGGCAGCUAUAUGAGUGGCAGCAACGACAGGCGUACGGCAGACCACCAGGGAUCUAUGGCCAUAUGGCCAGCCCCAAAACCAUGAUCAACCUUUCAGAGCACGCUGCGCCAAGCUACUCCAUCCCACCUUCGCCCUCCCAUGGUUCCCUGUCGACAUAUGGCGGCUACACUCAGCCCCGAUCCUACAACAUGAGCAGCGCCCGGUCUGAGAUCGCGUCUCCCAUCUACGAAAGGGACAUGAGUAUCAGCAGGCGGCAGGGGCACCAAAUCCCUAAGUAUGCCUUUGCACCUGAUCGGCGGUCAAUGCCCGUAGGAAUUCCAGUCCAGAGUCUCACUCCCCAGUCUCUCCAAGGCAAAAGUGCAGAGGAACUGACUUUGCUUCUGAUAAAGCUGCGUCGGCAGCAGGCAGAGCUAAGCAGUGUCCGGGAGCUCACACUAGCACAGCUUAUGCAACUUAACAUGGAUGGCGACAACCCAAAGCUAAGCCCAGAAGACCCAAGAGAAGACAGCUACAUGCCAGAAGAGGUGGACAUUGAUACCAAACUUAGCCGAUUGUGUGAGCAGGAUAAAGUGGUGAGGACACAUGAGGACAAACUUCGGCAGCUGUACAGAGAGAAGCAUACUCUGGAGACAGCAUUGCUGUCAGCAAGCCAGGAGAUAGAACUGGGUUCAGACAACUCUGCUGCUAUGCAGAGCGUUGUCCAGCAGAGAGACUUACUGCAGAGUGGCUUGCUCAGCACCUGCAGAGAGCUCUCCAGGGUCACAACCGAGUUGGAGCGGUCAUGCCGCGAGUAUGACCAUCUUGAAGGAGCUGUGAUUCUAGCGAAAAGCAACCUGCUGGAGCAGCUUGAAGCACUGGGCAGUCCACAGACGGAACCUCCCAGCCAGCAGCACGUGCAGAUCCAGAAAGAGCUGUGGCAGAUCCAAGAUGUCAUGGAGGUCCUCAAUAAACAUAAAAACCAGAGAAACACUGAUGCCUCCAUGGGCUUGUAUGGGCCCAACUUUGGCAUGCAGAAAACAGAGGAGGACUCUGUACCCCCACGGCCACCUUUACCCCAGUCAUAUGAGCCCAAGCCCUCAGCAAUGCCCUCUCAUGCUGGAGUUCGCUCAGCAUCCCUCCACAGAACAGAGGACAGGAAGACCAGUCAGAAGAAUGGCACACACAGCGGGCCGGACUACCGAUUAUACAAGAGUGAACCGGAGCUCACCACAGUAACAGAAGUUGACGAGAGCAACGGCGAGGACAGAUCUGAACACCCAUCUGAUCAUCCUGCAAGUAAAGGACUCUCCUACCCAGUAGGCAUUGUUCCACCUAGAACCAAAUCCCCAGUACCUGAAUCUUCCUCCAUAGCCUCAUAUGUUACCCUAAGGAAGAAUAAGAAGCCCGAGUCCAAAACAGAGCGUCCACACAGCGCCAUGGAGCAUCAGCUGUGCGCGCUGGAGACCAGUCGGCCCAGGAUGAGCGUGGAGGAGCAGCUGGAGAGGAUUCGCCGCCACCAGCAGGGUGCCCUCAGGGAGAAGAAAAAGGCCAUCCGCAUUCGGGGCAGCAGCGAGGAGAAUGCGCUGUCGCGUAGCAAUUCGUUUACUAAAGACAACCAUUCACGCGAUGUGCAGCAGUCUCAAAUGAGGCGUAGAGGAGAUGUGAUGAGCACCGACAUUCUGGCACUAGAGGCCUCACUUAGGCAGCAGGAGGUGGUGAGGGAGCAGGAGACGCCCGCCGAGGAAAUAGCGCGUCUCAAAGAAGCCUCAAACGUAGACCGCUUUAAUGUGGUUCGAGAACUAUCUGUGCCUGACAAAGUCCUGAUACCUGAACGCUACGUGGAGUCUGAACCAGAGGAGGCACUGAGCCCAGAACAGGAGGCGGACAAGCAGAGGAAAGUUGACCGCAUCAAAGCUCUCAUUGCCAAAAACAGCAUGCAGAAUCCAAUGCCUACCGUAGCGUUAAGCCCAGUGGAGACCGAAGAGGAAAUUACAAUCCAAGAGAAAGAAAAGAUGAUUAAUAUUUCUUACGAGCUGGCAGCAGAGGCCUCCAAACGUAGCAAGUUGGUCACAGUGAAAAGCCCAUCGCCAUCCUCCCCACCCCUCCCAUCAUCUCCUAACACCCCGCCUCAGCUCACUGACGGUUCUCACUUCAUGUGUGUGUAGUAGCACCACACAAGCUUUGGCGUCAGUCAAAACAUACACAUGAAGGAAUUAGCGGUGGACACGUAACCACGGACACAAGCGCUCCCGGGGUCUUAAAGUAACCCGCGUGUGAUCACUGUGACAUCUUAAGCACCCUCCAUGUUGCCACGACCAAAAAAAAUCUUGUCUGUAGUACUCUCAUACUGCUUUGUUUUUUUUUCUUAACAUUGGAAAGUUUUACCAAAGCCUUUUAAUUAUUUAUGUAGUCCAACAAGCAUUCUUCAAUCUGUUGGUUGAGCUGUUAUUAUUUAACCAUUCAUACUUAACCGUUUACAGUGCAUAUGUUUGUUGCUGGGUAAUUUGAGCAUAUAAAACAUCGGUGAACAGAAGCCCCAUUUUGCUACUAUGGACUAAUUUGAUUCCUGUUUCUCUGUUGUAAUUACUUAAAAUGACAUGCUUGCGGUCCAUGUUAAAAUACUGACACAAUACUGAUGGCUGUUCUGGUUUAAGUCUCUAGAGUUUUCUUGUUUCUUUGUAAUUGCUGAGAGUUGUAUUUAAGAGAUGGGGGGGAAAGUAUGUUUGGUUCUAUUUUAUGAUGUAGGGUUUUGUAGGCCGAGAACGAAAGAAAGAUACUAGCACGUAAAAAAAGCAAUAAUGCAAAAGUUUGUGGAUGCGGGUUGCAUAUUUCUGUUGUACAAAGUGUAAUUAAGAGGUUUACUAUGUAUAUAAUGUUCUUGCUACAGCAGAAUGGAAGCAUGUAUCCUACAUGUCGUCACUGACUACAUUUAAUUUACAAAUGUUCAUAUUCCAUUUGUUUUAUAACAUAAGUAAAUGUUUGUUCUUUAAAAAA